AUGGACGGCCCUCCGCCGCCUCCACCGCCUCACGGCGAGAAUCCGAACACCACUCACGGAUUCAAAAAAGGCUCCGGUCUUCCGGACGGAAACUAUGAUAUCUUUAUCAUCCCACCUCAUUCCUCGGGCUCUGGCUUUCUAUACCUUCCCUCGCUACAGACUCACCGAAAUAGCUUCCUGGCCGGCGCUGUGUCCGCACUAGCGGUGGUUUACAUCUGGCAGACACUGUCUCCCAUUGUGAAGGCAUGGUAUCUUGCUACAGCUGCCAAUGGUGGCGGAAUGGGAGUUGCGGUCCUACUGGCCGUCGUUGGCCUUGCGGGAUGGGGGUUUGGUGCAUACCAAGCACAUAUAGCCGGUGCAAACCGAGACUCCGGAGGGAGGACCUACGGCAGUGGCGGUAAUUAUGGAGCCGGCCCCGGCCCAGGAGGCCCGUACCCCGGGAAUCAGUAUGGCGCUGGUGCCGCGCCCCCGCCGCCGAAUGCCGGGGCCCCACCCCAUACACCUCCUCCGAAUGCCGACCCGGGCCCGGAGAAAGCAGAGCCGACUUCUGGCAGGAGCGAAAGCAAAAGUAAGAGCGGCGAAGAUUGGGAACGAGCUCGUGAAGAAACGAGGCGAAAGGAGGAGCUCAAGCGGAAGAUGGAAGAAUUCAAACGGAAAAGGGAAGCUGAAGCACGAGAAAAGCAGAAGCAGCGGGAACGCGAGGCCAUGGAGAGGGAGCUCCGAGAGCGCAGAGAGCAGCUCGAGAGAGAGAUGGCCGAGGCAAAGGAAAAAGCCGAACGAGAGGCGAGGGAGCGAGCUGAAAAGGAGGCGGCAGAAGCUAGAGCAAGGAUCGAGCGCGAACUUGCCGAAGCGAAAGCUAAGGCCGAGCCGUAUACCGGCAGUGCUCGGACACCAACAACUGCGGACGAGGAUGAUGCCUAUUCCUUCCGGCCAUACGACCGACCCCGCCGACCCUAUGCGGGUACAUCAGGUUCCUCGGUCUAUUCUGAAUCUUCCUAUGCCCCUUCGCAGUCGACAGCUCGGACAACCCCGCCACCUUCAACUAGAGGCGUCUACUCGACCAAAGAUCCGGACAAGAUUGUCAUCCGAGGCGUUUAUGCCUUCAACAAUGCCUUCCUGCGAAGCCCUGUGGCGCAGUUGGUCUCUGGCCAAGGGAUGGUGACCGAUGGACUGGUGUUGCGCAUCACUACCGAGGGACUCUUCAUUGACGACGACAUCCGAGGUGUACCUCAGCGCGAAUGGGAUGUCAAGGCCUGGACCAUGAAACUGGUGGAGGUGUGGUGUCCCCAGUACGGAGCGACGGCGCAAGGCCGUCCAAACCCUAAGCCCGCUAACGUGUUCUCCCGGCGGAGCACCAAUGAACCAACCCCGGAGGAGUCAGACGCGAAUCUUGUGAACUUUCUGAAGGUGUGCAAGAACAAGUGCCGACUGGCAUCACCUGACGCGGAGGAGCAUGGGGGGCUGCAUGUGCUCCGCGCCAGCAUCCGCGACCAGGAAGGUCGCCGUUAUGUCUUUGUUCUGCAGGAGACUGAAGGGUGGAAGGUUGCCGUGGGCCUGCAGCGUCUGCGCAAGGGCACACAGGCCAGAGCACUGGGUGUGUUGGGCAUGGCCGGAAAUGAAUGCCGGACGCUGCUGGGGAACCUUGGUUAUGUUGCAUAG